UCCAUUGGUCAAAUUAUGCAGUUUCAAAGUGGCAUGUCAAUUAUUCAUGAGCAUUGAAGACCAUAAUGAUGUUGAAAAGCUUUUUUUACAGUUCAACAUUUUCUUGAAAGGACUCUAUGCCAUCCCUCUAAAUUUACCUGGUACAACAUUUUGUAAGGCAAUAAGAGCUACAAAUGUUAUUAGGAAACAAUUAUUACAAGUCGUAAAGAAAAGAAGAGGAGCCUUGGAACAAAAAACAGCUUCACCUUCACAAGACAUUUUGUCUCAUUUGUUGUCAUUUCCUGAUGAAAAUGGAAAGUAUAUGUCUGAACUACUUAUUGCUAAUAACAUAUUGUUGCUGCUCUUUACUGGCCAUGACACUUCAUCUGUCACUCUAACUUUACUCAUCAAGACUCUUGCAGAGCACCCUCAAGUUUAUCAAAACAUUCUGCAAGAGCAUAUUGAGAUAGUAUCAUCAAAGAAAGAAGGGGAAUUUUAAAAUUGGGAUGAUAUACAGAAGAUGAAGUAUUCUUGGAAUGUCAUAUCUGAAGUUAUGAGAAUUACACCGCCUAUAUUGGGGGCUUAUCGAGAAGCAAUUGUGGAUAUAAAUUAUGAAGGUUAUGAUAUCCCUAAAGGGUGGAAGCUUUACUGGAAUACUGGUUUAACAAGUUUGGAUCCAGAGAUUUUCCCGAAUUCACGGAGGUUGGAACCAUCAAGACUUGAAGAAGAUGGACCUGCACCAUAUACAUACAUUACAUUUGGGGGUGGACCUCGAAUUUGUCUAGGAAAAGAGUUUGCUCGCCUUGAGAUGCUCGUCUUUCUGCACAUCUUAAUCAGGAAAUUUACUUGGAAAUUACUUGUUCCAAAUGAAAAAUUUAUAUAUGAUCCAAUGCCUACCCCCCUUCAAGGACUUCCCAUUAGCCUUCAACCUCACAAUUACUGACAUUCUUAUUGUUUUUUUUCUUUAUCUAGAGACAUUAAAAAAAAAAAACUUUGGCAUUUGAUUUUGAUGCUGUGUAGAAAUUAUUAUGAACUGGAAAUAUGAGCAAUGUUGUUGGUUGAGAUGUUAAAAA